GCAGGACUGAGAUAGUGCAGGCAGUAGGUGGCAGCCCCCCAACCCCCACCGAGUGUGCAGACAGAAGAGAGAUAGCACUGUCCCCGGGGGGAAGGGGACAAACUGGCCAUGGGGUCACCUGGGCAGCGGCUGUGCGAGGAGGCGCGGUGCCCCGUGUGCCUGGACUUCCUACAGGAUCCAGUCAGCGUAGACUGUGGCCACAGCUUCUGUCUGCGCUGUAUUUCUGAGUUCUGCGACAAAUCAGACAGAGAGCAGGGCGGCCUCUUUGCCUGCCCGCAGUGCCGUGGCCCCUUCAAGAGGGAGGGUUUCCGUCCCAACCGGCAGUUGGCCAACCUGGUGGAUGGCUUGCGGCAGCUGGGGCGGGUCGCCGGGCCCUUGGGGAUGCAAUGCCCGCAGCACGGCCAUGAGCUCAGCAGAUUCUGCGAGGAGGACCAGAAGGCGCUGUGCUGGGCCUGCGACUCUGGCCCUGAGCACAGGGGCCACCGCACAGCGCCCCUGCAGGAGGCUGCCCAGCGACACCAGGCAGAGCUCCAGAUGGCCUUGGAACUUGUGAGGAAAGAGAUGGAGGAGGCCUUGACUCAGGAGGCCAACGUGGGGAAGAAAACUGUCAUUUGGAAGGAGAAAGUGGAAACUCAGAGGCACCGCUUCAGGUUGGAGUUUGAGAAGUACCGCGGUUUCCUAGCCCAGGAGGAGCAGCUGCAGCUGAGACGACUGGAGCAGGAAGAGCGCUCCACAUUACAGAGACUCCGUGAAGGCCAGAGGCAGCUGGCGCAGCAAGGCAGGACCUUGAGGGAACUGGCCCAGGAGCUAGAGGACCUCUGCAGGCGCCCGGCCUUGGGUCUGCUGGAGGGGGUGAGAGGAGCCUUGAACCGAUGUAAGAGUGUCACUCGGCCUAAACUAGAGACCAUCCCCAUGGAGCUGAAGACAAUGUGUCGAAUCCCUGGAAUGAGAGAAAUGUUGAGGAAGUUCCAAGUUGACAUAAAGCUGGACCCUGCCACAGCGCAUCCUAGCCUCCUCUUGACUGCUGACCUGCGCAGUGUGAAGGAUGGAGAACUGUGGAGGGAUGUCCCCAACAACCCUGAGCGAUUUGACACGUGGCCCUGUAUUCUGGGUUUGCAGAACUUCUCAUCAGGAAGGCAUUACUGGGAAGUCAUGGUGGGAGAAAGAGCAGAGUGGGGUUUAGGAGUCUCUCAAGACACGGUGCCAAGAAAGGGGGAAACUACACCAUCUCCUGAGAAUGGAGUCUGGGCCAUGUGGCUGCUGAAAGGAAAUGAGUACAUGGUUCUUGCCUCCCCAUCAGUGCCUCUCCUCCACCUAGAACGGCCUCGUCACAUUGGGAUUUUCUUGGACUAUGAAGCAGAGGGAAAGGGAGCCUUCAUCUCUGAGUCUUUGGCAGGGAAGGAAAAAAAUCUAACUGGAUUGAUAACACCUCUUUGUUUUCAUGGACCUGGAAGAAUGGUGGACUCCUGUCUCAAAGACCAAUCUUCAGUUUCAAAGAUCAGACCUCUUCUGGCUCAAGCCAGUCAUUCUUAUAAAGAUAGAGGACAAGACAGUGUCAACUUUCUAUACCAUCCUGACUUCCAUGCUGCAACCUAUCAUUUACAGCCUCUGCAACAAGGAAGUGACCAGGGCAUUCAUGAAUGUGUUAGGGAAGAACAUUUCUGAAAA